CAGUUUGAAAGGUCGCUUUAAUUGGCCUAAAAUCUUCAGAGAGGAUGGUUUAAAUGGAUUAUGUGGAUGAAUGAAUGGUCAAGGAGAUGAUGAUGAUGAAGCUUACUGUUAUUUCCAUGUGUGUUCUCCUUCUUCUUACACUUUUGAUCUCUGAGACAAGAGGGUUGAAUUUAGAAGGUCAAUAUCUCCUUGAGAUCAAGAGCAAGUUUGUGGAUGAAUUGCAAAAUCUGAAAAACUGGAAUCCAAAUGAUUCUAUGCCCUGUGGAUGGACCGGUGUGAGGUGCAGCAAUUACUCCAAUCAAGAGGUUUUGUCACUGAAUCUCUCCUCAAUGGCUCUCUCUGGUAAUCUAUCACCAAGCAUAGGUGGAUUGGUGAAUCUGAAGGAUCUGGAUCUAUCAUAUAAUGAGUUAUCAGGGAAUAUUCCCAAAGAAAUUGGGAACUGUUCAAGCUUGGUGGUACUUAGAUUAAACAACAACAUGUUUGGAGGUGAUGUGCCAGUGGAGAUAGGGAAUCUUUUGUCAUUGGAGAAGCUGAUCAUAUACAACAACAAGCUCACAGGUUCUAUCCCUAUGGAGAUUGGGAACCUCUUGUCUCUCACUCAACUUGUGACUUACAGCAACAACAUCAGUGGAUCAUUGCCUCGUUCCAUUGGUAAGCUGAAGAAACUAAUGAGCUUCAGAGCUGGUCAGAACAUGAUCUCUGGAAGUCUGCCUUCUGAGAUUGGUGAGUGUGAGAGCUUGGUCAUGCUUGGUCUUGCACAGAACCAGCUGAGUGGUGAAAUACCAAAAGAGAUUGGUAUGCUCAAGAGACUCUCACAGGUGAUUCUUUGGGAGAAUCAGAUCUCAGGGCUAAUCCCAAAUGAGAUAACCAACUGCACAAGCUUACAAACUCUUGCUCUCUACAAGAACCAGCUUGUCGGUCCGAUUCCAAAAGAUCUUGGGAACCUUGUGUAUUUGGAGUAUUUAUACCUUUACAGAAACAUGUUGAAUGGAACCAUCCCUAGAGAGAUUGGGAAUCUCUCAAGUGCAGUUGAGAUAGAUUUCUCAGAGAACCAACUCGUUGGUACAAUCCCUGUGGAGUUUGGGAACAUACUAGGCCUUGAGCUUCUUUAUCUAUUUGAGAACCAACUCAUAGGCACAAUCCCUGUGGAGCUAACUACUCUGAAGAAUCUAACAAAGCUUGAUCUCUCCAUCAAUGCUUUAACUGGUCCUAUCCCUUUGGGGUUUCAGUAUUUAAGAAAGCUCUUCAUGCUGCAGCUCUUUCAAAACUCUCUUACUGGGAACAUACCUCCAAAACUAGGCGUCUACAGUAAUCUAUGGGUUCUUGAUCUCUCUGAUAAUCAUCUCAUAGGUAGAAUCCCAAGCUACCUAUGCCUUCACUCCAACAUGAUCAUCUUGAACUUAGGAGCAAACAAACUCUCUGGCAACAUUCCUACAAGCAUCACCACUUGCAAAACUCUUGUCCAGCUCCGUCUCGCCGGUAACAACCUCAUGGGCCGGUUCCCGACCAACUUGUGUAAGCUCGUUAACCUCACAGCCAUUGAGUUGGGUCAGAACAGAUUCCGUGGCUUAAUCCCUCGAGAAGUCGGAAACUGCAGCGCCUUGCAAAGACUGCAGCUAGCAGAUAAUGCCUUCACCGGGGAGCUUCCUAGAGAGAUUGGCACACUCUCAGAGCUUGGGACAUUGAAUGUCUCAUCCAACAAACUUACAGGAGAGAUCCCUCCUGAAAUCUUUAAAUGCAAGAUGCUUCAAAGACUUGACAUGUGCUGCAACAACUUCUCUGGAACUUUACCGAGUGAUGUAGGCUCUCUUUAUCAGCUUGAGCUUCUGAAGCUCUCGAAUAAUAAACUUACCGGUACUAUCCCUCUGGCUUUAGGGAAUUUAACUCGUUUAACCGAGUUACAAAUGGGAGGUAAUUUGUUUAACGGUAACAUUCCAAGAGAAUUGGGAAGUCUGACCGGUUUACAAAUAGCAUUGAAUCUCAGCUUCAACAAGCUUAACGGAGAGAUACCUUCUAAGCUCAGUGAUCUCGUUAUGCUUGAGUUACUCCUCCUCAACAACAAUGAUCUCUCCGGUGAAAUACCGAGCUCUUUCGCUAAUCUCUCGAGUUUAUUUGGUUACAAUUUCUCCUACAACAACUUGACCGGCCCUAUCCCGCAUCUCCGUAACUUGUCUAUCUCUAGCUUCAUUGGCAAUACAGGUCUCUGCGGCCCGCCGCUGGACGAGCAAUGUGUUGAAACACAGCCUUUCUCACCUUCUUCGUCGAAGGCGAAGCAUGGAGGAAUCCGUACAAGCAAAAUCAUCGCCAUAACUGCAGCUGUUAUUGGUGGUGUCUCUCUUGUUCUUAUUGUUCUCAUUGUCUACCUCAUCAGACGCAGCAGCCCGAUGAGAACUACUAUCACCACUUCUAUGCAAGAGUCUGAAGCCUCUUUAGACAUAUACUUCCCACCAAAGGAAGGAUUCACUUUUCAAGAUUUAGUUGCAGCCACUGAUAAUUUCGAUGAGAGCUUCGUAGUUGGAAGAGGUGCUUGUGGAACCGUCUACAAGGCAGUUCUACCCGCGGGUUACACUCUUGCUGUCAAGAAGCUAGCGUCGAACCACGAAGGAGGAGGGAACAACAACAACGUGGAUAACAGCUUUAGAGCAGAGAUUCUAACUCUUGGGAAUAUUAGGCACCGUAACAUUGUCAAGCUACAUGGGUUUUGCAACCACCAAGGAUCGAAUCUGCUUUUGUACGAGUACAUGCCUAGAGGAAGCCUUGGAGAGAUACUACAUGAUCCUUCGGGGGAUUUGGAUUGGUCUACGAGAUUUAAAAUCGCUCUUGGUGCAGCUCAGGGUCUUGCUUAUUUACAUCAUGAUUGCAAGCCGAGAAUCUUUCACCGUGAUAUAAAAUCGAAUAAUAUUUUGCUUGAUGACAAGUUUGAAGCUCAUGUUGGUGAUUUUGGACUAGCGAAAGUCAUUGAUAUGCCACAUUCAAAAUCUAUGUCCGCUAUUGCUGGAUCAUAUGGUUACAUUGCCCCAGAAUAUGCAUAUACUAUGAAAGUUACGGAGAAGUCUGACAUAUAUAGCUACGGGGUGGUUCUAUUGGAGUUGCUAACCGGGAAAGCGCCGGUUCAGCCGAUAGACCAAGGUGGGGAUGUGGUGAGUUGGGUAAGGAGUUACAUAAGAAGAGAUGCAUUGUCCUCUGGAGUUCUUGAUGCCCGGUUAAAUCUAGAAGACGAGAGAAUCGUCUCUCAUAUGCUCAAUGUGUUGAAGAUAGCAUUGCUUUGCACGAGUGUGUCUCCCGUCGCGAGGCCAUCGAUGCGACAAGUUGUUCUGAUGCUUAUUGAGUCAGAUAGACAGGAAGGAGACGAACACAUGGAUACAGUUACUGCAUCUUGACGCAAUACAUUGUUAUUGUAACUUCUUUUCACCUGAGAUAAUUUUUCUAUGUAAUCAUGCUGGAUAACUAUUGUAAAUUUCUAUACACAGUUAUAUCUAAAGAUGUACCUCUUCGUGGAUUUUAGGAAUCGACAAUUAC